CAAUAAGAAAAAUAUAUUGGAUUUGUUUAUCGACACGAAUAUAAUAACCCUUAUUUAUAUGGGAAUAGUAAUGAAGUCCUAAAGUGUGGGUUAAGAUCUGAAGACAGAAGACAAGAUUUUUUUCAUAAACAAUGGGGUAAUAAUAUUCUGUGGCAUUUGUUUUGAUGCAUGGAAGAUUCGGAGCUUCCGUAAUGGGUGGAAGGACAACUAUGAUUGUCCUCUUUGAAAAUAAUUCAAAUUUUUGUCUAACACUUCAAGACAGACAAAAUAAGAUGUAGAAGAAUGCACUUGCACAUAUUUAAAAUGUUUUAUUCUGUAUGUUAAAUUAUGAUAUUUUUACUCCUUAAUCUUGAUAUCUAUGAAGGGAAUUUAUAAUAUAUUUUAAUUUUCUUUUAUUCUCUUUUCAUUAAUUUAUAUAUGUAGAAGAUAUUUUCCAAAAUCUUUUCAAGAUCAUGUGAAAAACAACUGCUAACUGAAUCAAAGCUUUGUCUGCCGACACAUUGUUACAUUUGCAUAAAAGACUACUACUACUACUACAUAUUGACCCCAAAAAGACUACUACUAUAUUAGCAUUUUAAAAGUUUGAAUAAUUUGUUUUUAAUCAUUUAACCGAAUUUGCCGGUUUCGCUCCUCCUAGUACCUUCCUUUACUUUCUUCCAUAUAAACCUCUCUUUUUCUCAUCUCCCUUCACCAAACCAUAUCUCUCUAUCUCUACAUUUAAAAAGGAUCAACCUUUUCAUGAACAGAUCCAAGAAAUUAUAUUUAACAUAGUCCCAGCAGGACCCACUAAUCUUCUCGAGUUAUUUUGAUUGAAAAGGAUCAAACUUUGUACCCAAAAAAAACACAAGACAUAUAAUAAAUGAGUUCUUCCACUUCCACCAUUUCAGUUCUUCUUUUUCUUGGGUUAGUUAAGUUUGCAGUUUCAGGGCACGACUAUAAACAAGCUCUGAGCAAAAGCAUUAUCUUCUUUGAAGCACAGCGAUCAGGACAUCUCCCUCCCAACCAGAGAGUUUCAUGGCGAUCUCACUCCGGUCUUAACGACGGCAAAUCCAGCGGCGUGGAUCUAGUGGGAGGAUACUAUGACGCCGGAGACAAUGUGAAAUUUGGGCUUCCAAUGGCUUUCACGGUGACGACAAUGUGUUGGAGCAUCAUAGAAUACGGUGGCCAGCUUGAAUCUAACGGUGAACUUGGCAAUGCUAUUGACGCCGUUAAGUGGGGAACUGAUUAUUUCAUUAAAGCUCACCCUGAACCUAACGUUCUCUACGGAGAGGUGGGAGAUGGUAAGUCGGAUCAUUACUGCUGGCAAAGACCAGAGGAAAUGACCACUGACCGUAGGGCUUACAAGAUUGACCGGAAUAAUCCCGGUUCGGACCUCGCCGGAGAAACCGCUGCCGCAAUGGCUGCUGCUUCCAUCGUCUUCCGUCGGUCUGAUCCAUCAUACUCUGCCGAGCUACUCCGCCACGCUCAUGAGCUAUUUGAAUUUGCGGACAAAUAUAGGGGCAAGUACGAUAGCAGCAUCACGGUGGCACAAAAAUACUACGGCUCAGUCAGCGGUUACAAUGAUGAAUUACUGUGGGCUGCUGCGUGGUUAUAUCAAGCAACCAAUGAUAAAUAUUAUUUGGAUUACCUCGGCAAGAAUGGCGACUCAAUGGGCGGUACGGGCUGGUCGAUGAGGGAGUUUGGUUGGGAUGUUAAAUACGCCGGUGUCCAGACCCUUGUUGCUAAGAUUUUGAUGCAAGGGAAAGCUGGAGAACACACGGCUGUGUUCGAGAGGUACCAAGAGAAAGCAGAACAGUUUAUGUGUUCAAUGUUAGGUAAAAGUACAAAGAACAUUCAGAAAACUCCCGGCGGUUUGAUUUUCCGACAACGGUGGAACAACAUGCAGUUCGUCACUAGUGCUUCUUUCUUGGCCGCCGUUUACUCUGAUUAUCUCUCUUCCUCCAAAAGAAACCUCCGUUGCUCUCAAGGAAACGUGUCUCCAUCCCAACUCCUUGAUUUCUCUAAAUCACAGGUGGACUACAUACUCGGAGACAACCCUAGAGGGACAAGCUACAUGGUGGGAUACGGACAUAACUAUCCUCGGCAAGUUCAUCAUCGUGGCUCGUCAAUUGUCUCCUAUAAAGUCGAUCAAAAGUUCGUGACUUGCCGUGGUGGUUACGCAACGUGGUAUAGCCGCAAAGCAAGCGACCCGAACGUCUUGACCGGGGCCCUCGUGGGUGGACCUGACGCCUACGACAACUUUGCUGACAACCGGGACAAUUACGAGCAAACCGAACCAACGACUUACAACAAUGCGCCUCUCCUUGGUGUACUAGCCCGAUUAAUUUCCGGUCCGACCGGUUUUGACCAGAGACUUCCAGGUGUUAGUCCGACUCCAAGUCCGGUUAUCAUAAAACCAGCACCUAUACCCAAAAGGAAACCGACUACACCUCCAGCUCCAGCAGCUUCUUCUCCUAGUCCCAUUACCAUAUCCCAGAAGAUGACGAGCUCGUGGAUAAACGAAGGAAAGGUUUAUUACCGAUACUCAACGAAAUUAACCAAUAGAUCUACAAAAAGGUUGAAAAAUCUGAAGAUAUCAAUCACCAAGCUCUAUGGUCCAAUAUGGGGUGUGACGAAAACAGGAAACUCAUAUGGUUUUCCUUCAUGGAUGAAAUCUUUACCGGCAGGCAAAAGCAUGGAGUUUGUCUAUAUCCACUCAGCCGCUCCGGCAAAUGUUUUGGUUUCUAACUAUUCUUUGGAGUGAGUAUAAAAAGUGCGAGUGAGAAUCCCGGUUUACUAGCUUGUAAACUUGUUCACCUAAUUUUAAAAAUAUUCGGUUUAGUUAUACCGAGAUUGUUUAGAUCUUUGAGAGGAUGAGAAAAGACUAAUUCUCUAGUUUGUACACAGUGAGAUUUGAGACUAGGAAACUAGGGCUACUAUGUUUCUUGUAAUGGAAGAAAGUGUUUUUCUCCUUUUUAGUUUAUCCCUUUUAUUUAUGCUCCUU